CCCACCGUGGGAGCUGUCCGCUGGUCGGUGCUGAAGCCACCCGCCUCUGACAUACCGAUAGAAGAACAUGAGAACCAGCUCUCGGUCGAUCCCCGAUCCACGACGAUACACAGACGAGAGGCGAGAGGAAAAAAACUUAUUGCGUUGAGCCGUGAAUGGUAGUAGAGAACUGGGCUUAGAAUGGGAGGAGGAGGAGAGGAGGAAGGCGGGGGGCUGGCUUUUUUUCCUUCCCUCCAUUCGCUUGGACGCGCUCACACACACGGAGACACACACACAGUUGAGCGGAGGCGCAGAGAGGAGUUGACUUGACGCGCAUUAGGGUGCAGCAGUCAGGAGGAACGCAUCAGUCCUCUCACACUACACGCGCGUCUUCUGCCUGUGAUUUGGUUUAUUUCCGGACAAGUGCCUCCAGUGCAUCCAUUGUUCUUUUCCUCUUUACUUGUUCUCUCCUUACCCUGUACACGAUUUGUAAAGUGGCCGGGUUCCCCGGUCGGACCGGAGACCGCCCGGUGGACCCCGCGCGGCUAAUCGGGGCCAGGCUUAGUGACGCGCGGAUCAGCCCCGAGCCGCAGCCGCCGCACGCGCCACCGUCGCCGCGGACACACGCGCGCCCCAUGGAGCUGACGGACGGGGACGGGAUGGACAAACCGGAGGACAUGUCCUCGGUGUACGAGUUCGAUCCAAUCACGGGAAACAUCCCGGCCACAAAGGUGGAAAUAACGGUCUCGUGCAGAAACCUGUUGGAUAAAGACACAUUCUCUAAAUCAGACCCUUUGUGUGUGCUCUACACCCAAGGAGUGGAAACUAAGCAAUGGAGAGAGUUUGGCCGGACCGAGGUGAUAGACAACACCCUGAACCCAGACUUUGUCCGGAAGUAUAUCUUGGACUACUUCUUUGAGGAGAAGCAGAAUCUUCGCUUCGACUUGUAUGAUGUUGACUCCAAAAGUCCUGACUUGUCCAAACAUCCCUCGGAGCUCGACGAUUUCUUAGGUCAGGCAUUCUGCACUCUAGGAGAGAUUGUUGGAUCGCCAGCUAGCCGACUGGAGAAGUCUUUGGGAGGGAUCCCUGGGAAGAAAUGUGGCAGCAUCAUCCUGUCUGCAGAGGAGCUGAGUAACUGUCGAGACAGCGCCACCAUGCAGUUCUGUGCCAACAAGUUGGACAAGAAGGACUUCUUUGGCAAGUCAGACCCCUUCAUGGUCUUCUACAGGAGCAAUGAGGACGGAACCUUUACUAUCUGCCAUAAAACAGAGGUGGUGAAGAAUACUCUGAACCCGGUGUGGCAGUCCAUCACUAUCCCAGUGAGGGCCCUCUGCAACGGAGACUACGACAGAACAAUCAAAGUGGAGGUCUAUGACUGGGACAGAGAUGGAAGCCACGACUUCAUAGGAGAGUUCACCACCAGCUACCGGGAGCUGGCCCGGGGGCAGAGCCAAUUCAACAUCUAUGAGGUGAUCAAUUCAAAAAAGAAAAUGAAGAAAAAGAAGUAUGCCAAUUCUGGAACAGUGACCCUGCUCUCCUUCUCCGUGGAGUCAGAGAGCACCUUCCUGGACUACAUCAAGGGAGGGACCCAGAUCAACUUCACUGUGGCCAUCGACUUCACAGCAUCAAACGGAAACCCAUCCCAGUCAACAUCGCUGCACUACAUGAACCCGUACCAGCUCAACGCCUAUGCCAUGGCCCUGAGGGCGGUGGGGGAGAUCAUCCAGGACUACGACAGCGAUAAGAUGUUCCCCGCUCUCGGCUUUGGAGCCAAAUUGCCACCUGAUGGGCGAGUCUCGCAUGAGUUUCCCUUGAAUGGGAACAUAGAGAACCCGUACUGUAACGGCAUCGAGGGCAUCCUGGAGGCGUACCACCAGAGCCUGAAGACCGUGCAGCUCUACGGGCCGACAAACUUCGCUCCCGUUGUCAAUCAUGUUGCAAGGUAUGCCGCCGCGGUGCAGGACGGAUCCCAGUACUUUGUUCUCCUCAUCAUCACAGACGGGGUCAUCUCUGACAUGGCCCAGACCAAAGAAGCCAUCGUCAAUGGUGCCAAGCUGCCCAUGUCCAUCAUCAUCGUCGGCGUGGGACAGGCCGAGUUUGACGCGAUGGUUGAGCUGGACGGGGACGACAUCAGGAUCUCGUCCAGGGGGAAGCCGGCCGAGAGAGACAUCGUUCAGUUCGUCCCCUUCCGUGAUUACAUGGACCGGACGGGCAACCACGUGCUGAGCAUGGCGCGGCUCGCCAAAGACGUGCUCGCGGAGAUCCCUGACCAGUUCAUCUCCUACAUGAAGAGCAGAGGGAUCAAACCCAACCCAGCACCCCCCCCAUACACAGGGCCCGGGAACACGCACCACCACACGCAGAUCUGACCUAGCCCCGCCCUGUGGUUACACUCCGGCAGAACAGGGGGUGGCUGUUGUUGGCACAGGAAAUGACAUGCAAGGAACAAUAUAAGUCGUAUUUCCACCUAAGUUGAGGCGAAGGAAGUGUUCAUUUUUUUUAGUUUGUAAUGAAUUUUGUGAAUUCUCCAUUUCUUCCAGAUGAGACACUGGAAAUGUUUUUUUGGAGAACUUGAAGCCUUUUAGAUUAACAAUGAGGCCAGUGACUGUUUCAUGUCAAAUUUGACGAAGGAUCGUUCAAAAGGUCAUGUUGUAAAUCAAAACUUGUGCCUGUCUUUGGCUGUUCUAUAAGUGUAUCAGGACAAAUGCACCCUAAUUUGAACUUUGACUUAAGCCUUGCUUGUCAGUCAUUGAUGUGGCUUAGUAAUGUGAUUUUUUGGGGUAAUCCCUACUGGAAUUGUAAAUGUCAAAGUUAUUUUCAUAUUCACAUAAAUUAUGAGAGAUGAAAAGGUCCGUAGUUUGUUCUCUUUGUACGCUUGUUAAUCAAGCAUUCACGUCAUGAAAUCUGAACUCAUGUCAUUAUUCAGUAAAUGGUUCUAAAAGCAUGUUGUAUAAUAUAUAGUAAUUAAAUUCCCCAUAAUCCAAUAUUUAUUGUUGAAUGUUAUCCACAGUGGCAUGGAAGAAAGAUUAAUUUUUAUGUUCAACAUACAUUUUAAAUGUGUGUCUUAAACCGAAUCGCACACAGAUUGAUAAAUUGCAAAACAUAUUUAAACAUCAUCUGUUUGAUUCAACUUUAUCAUUCAUACAUUCUAUCAUCCUCAGAAGGCCUAAACCCUAUUAAAAACACUAAAUAAUAAGCAGGCCUAUUAUUAUCAGCAUAACUUAAUAUUUUUUUUAAUUUUGAGAUCUGUCAACAAGCACAAAGGAUAAGCACAUGGGACACACACACUGUAGCCAAAAUGUUCACAGAAGAACGGCUGUUAUGGUCAAAUGCAUGCCACAUUACAACAUCCUGUUGGGGUCUUCUUCAGGUCCAUUUAUUAAAUGUGUGUGAUGCUGUAAUCAACCUCUGAAUCAGGCCCACGUUGAAUGAGAUGAGGAGGUGACGGGUGAUGUGUUCUCUACUAACAGUCAUGAUGUAGCAUACCUAAACACCGCCUAUAGCCGAGGCGUUAUGGAAUCCAAGCCGCUGCAGUGGUCAAGAUCUUUUUUAUCUUAUAUGGGAAUGUAAUAAACAAAUCCAAUUUAGAAUGAACUACAAUUUGCUUGAACUUGUUUGUGUUGUGUAAUGGGUAGUUUGAAAUGGAAGGAAAUAUCAGAGGUAAUAUGUGUGUAAGGACCUAGUGUGUGUGUGUGCGUGUGCGCGUGCGCGUGUGUGUGUGUGUGUGUGUGUGUGUGUGUGUGCAUGUAUUGAUUCUCCAACGCUUUUAAUAUAAUACUUUUAUGCAUAUAACUGUACAAUAUUUUCAGCUUCUAGAGAAUACCAUUUCCAUUGAUUUCAGUUUUUAGGUUUGUUUUUUUUGUUAUCUAUUAUAAACCAUAAACCCUCCUCUAUAUGUCACUAUAGCGAAAGGAUCAACAUCCAAAAUAAACCCUGUUCUUGAAGUAGUAUAUAAAAUGUGUCUGCAUCCCUGUUUUGAACAACCUAACGAUGAGAGGUGUUUUUAUAGUGCAGUGCUGACAUCUGUAGUAAUAGUGAACAGCCCAUCUGGAUUGUAUGUAUGUUUGAGCCCAACAUGGCAGCAAGCUCUGUGGACUGAUUACUAUUUCUUGUUCUUCUUUUACUUCUUCUCCUGUGCCUCGCAAAAAAAACCUGUUCUUCAAACACGUAUUGUCACUAUGACCUGUCACUCUACAGAAGUGACAACUGAUGCCAACAAGCAUGUUCGAUGGUUUGUUUUUAGUUUUUUAAUUCCCUUUUUGAAUAAGUUAUUUAUAUCUCUGGGUUUCUAAUGUGCAUGGUUGCUUUGUUUAGUUUUUUUGUGUUUUUUCUGAACGGGUUUUUAAUGUACAUGAUUGUUGUCAUAUGGUGAGUCGUGAAAUGCUUUGUAUUGGACUGCCUUAAAUGAAAAUUAAUUAAAAAAAUAACUACUUUUGUAAGUCA